ACAGACCAGCAAUCAGAUCAAAGAGAGCUAGCUAGCCUCAGGCGCAGCUAGUCAUAGCUUUCUUUCUAGGCAGCACACUGCACAGCACACCUCUCUUCCUCUCCAACACUUGUUGCUCCCCUCGCUUCCAAUCCAGCCUACUCUCAAACUUCCACACGCGCCGGGAGAGAAAGAGCGAGAGCCAUGCACAGCUACAGAGCCAUGCACCCCCACCCCCACCCGUACCACACCGCGCCUGCCCCUCCGACCAAGAUGGCCAGUGGUGGCCAUGGCGGCGCCACCGAGGAUGACGACCAGUCCAUGCUCCUCCUCUCCCUCUGGCCGCCCGGCCACCACCAUGACGCCGCGGCCUCCUCCUCGGCGUGCUCCUCACACUCCGUCGCCACGGCCGCGCACUCCACCGCGUCUUCGCCUUGGUUCAACCCAAGCCAUGUCUACAAUGGCUGCGGCGUCGGAGGCGGUGGCGGGAGCGGCAGCGGUGGCUUCUUGUUCCACGAGCAGGGCCGUAACGUGAGCGUAUCACUCUCCAUCGCCCCUCCGUCUCCCUGCGGUGCCAAUCUGGCCCCCAGCGGCGGGAGCUUCGCCGCGCCGCUCGCGCCGCCAUCGGCCGCCUCCGCGGGCGGGAACCAGGUGCCCAGCCAGUACUGGAUCCCUUCCGCCGCCGAGAUCCUCGUCGGCUCCACCCAGUUCUCCUGCGCAGUCUGCAACAAGACCUUCAACCGCUUCAACAACAUGCAGAUGCAUAUGUGGGGGCACGGCUCGCAGUACCGCAAGGGGUCGGAGUCGCUACGGGGGGCCGUGACGGUGGGCACGGCGGCGCCGCCGCCGUCGCUGCUGCGGCUGCCGUGCUACUGCUGCGCGGAGGGGUGCCGGAACAACAUCGACCACCCGCGGGCGCGGCCGCUCAAGGACUUCCGCACGCUGCAGACGCACUACCGCCGCAAGCACGGCGCGCGGCCCUACGCGUGCCGCCGGUGCGGCAAGCGGUUCGCCGUGCGCGGCGACUGGCGCACCCACGAGAAGAACUGCGGCAAGCUGUGGUUCUGCGUCUGCGGCUCCGACUUCAAGCACAAGCGCUCCCUCAAGGACCACGUGCGCUCCUUCGGAGGCGGCCACGCGCCGCACAUCGUCGAGUCCGUGGCCGUCGACGAGGACGAAGACGAGGACGACGAGCACGAUGACGGCGACCAGCUGCAUCUGUACGACGAGAACGGCAACGCCGGCGACGGCAGCGACAUGGUCUUGCUCUAGACAACUACUCCUCCCUCCCUAGCUUUGUUGCCCGUACGAUGUCUUAGUUAGUACUGGUCCACUAACUAGUACGUACUCCUAGUACCUAGUAGCUUCUAGGUUUAGUUCUCAUUGCUUCCCAAGUGCAUCGUUAUUAGUACGUUCAGAGUGUGCUUGCAUGGCGAGGUGUUACAGCCCUAGUGCAAGCUUAAUUACAAGUGUGCGUGCGUCUGUGGCGACUCUAGCUAGCUAGGUCUGUGUGUCUGUCCCAUGGAAGAAGUGUCGUAGUACGGUCAGAGUCAUGCGAUCAACCGAGACGAGAUGUGUGGUGUACUGUGUCAUGGUCACUUCAUGUAUUUGUCGUUUGGUCUUUA